AUGUCGGCUGCUGUUACUAGAUUACAACAAUUAUCAAAACAUUUACAACCACAUUAUUCACCGAAUCCAGAAUCUUCAUUGUCUCCAGAAAAGCCUUUUAAAAUUUGUGUUAUUGGUUCGGGUAAUUGGGGUACUACAAUUGCAAAAGUUAUUGCAGAAAAUGCAUUAGCAAGACCACAUAUAUUUAGUCAUUAUGUUAAAAUGUGGGUAUUUGAAGAAAAGAUUAAUGGUCAAAAUUUGACAGAAAUUAUAAAUGCAAGAAAUGAGAAUAUAAAAUAUUUGCCCGGGGUAAAAUUACCAAAUAACCUAAUUGCGGAACCUGAUUUAUUAAAAACUGUUGAAGGUGCUGAUUUAAUUAUAUUUAACUUACCACAUCAAUUUUUACCAAAAAUUUUAAAAACUUUAAAAGGAAACGUUCCACCAACUACCAGAGCGAUUUCAUGUCUUAAAGGUUUAGAAGUCUCAAAAGAUGGUUGCAAACUAUUAAGUACUUAUAUCACUGAAGAAUUAGGAAUAACUUGUGGUGCUUUAUCAGGAGCAAAUCUAGCUCCGGAAGUUGCAAGAUGUAAAUGGUCAGAAACUACAAUUGGUUAUAAAUUACCAAACGAUUAUAGAGGUACAGGUAAAGAUAUCGACAGAUUUGUAUUAAAAGCUGCUUUCCAUAGAAGUUAUUUCCAUGUAAAUGUAAUUGAAGAUGUUGCUGGUGUUUCAGUUGCUGGUGCUUUGAAAAAUAUAGUUGCAUUAGCAGUUGGUCUUGUUGAAGGUUUAGGCUGGGGUGAUAAUGCAAAAGCUGCAAUAAUGAGAGUUGGUUUAUUAGAAACUAUUAAAUUUUCCGAAACUUUCUUCCCAGAAUCACAAUCAUCUACUUUCACAGCUGAAUCUGCUGGUGUUGCAGAUUUGAUAACAACCUGCUCUGGUGGUAGAAAUGUUAAAGUUGGGAGAUAUAUGGCAAAAACAGGUGCUUCUGCUGAAGAAGCCGAAAAGAAAUUAUUAAAUGGUCAAUCAUCUCAAGGUAUAGUUACAGCAAAAGAAGUUCAUGAAUUAUUAACAAAUGUUAAUAAAUUAGCUGAAUUCCCAUUAUUUGAAGCAACUUAUCAAAUUAUUUAUGGUUCAGAAUCAAUUGAAAAUUUACCAAAUUUAUUAAACAAUUAA